AUGCUGAGGUAGUUUGGCAUAUCAGACUUGUGUGUCGUUCGUCCCGCGUUUCAGUCGUCCUGGCCCUACCGAUCUGAACAAAGAACAAACUUCACCGAGACCGGUCAGACGUGACCUGUAGCAGAUAAAUCCUGGUUGAUAACACAAUAGCUGCAUCUGUUUCUGCCAUGAUCCCUGACAGCAUGCCUGGUGCCAAGCUAGAGGAUCCGGAGGAACAGCCGUUGAGGAUCAUGUUUCUUGGAAAGAGUGGGGUGGGCAAGAGCUCGAGUGGAAACACCAUCUUCGGGCAACAUGUGUUCAGAUCAGAAAUGACGCUGGCUAGAGUCACCAGACACUGUGAAAAGGAGGUUGGGACAGUCAAGGAUGUGCCGGUCGAUAUGACAGGGAAAGUCAAGGAUGUGCCUGUCGCCGUGAUCGACACACCCGGCUUUUUUGAGACGGACCGUAACAAGGGGGAAAUUGAGCGAGAGAUUCUGAAGUGUGUCAAACUCCAAGAACCAGGACCUCAUGCCUUCGUGUAUGUUAUCUCUGUUGGAAGGAUGACUCAGGAAGAUCAAAAUACCAACGCAGUGAUUGAAGCAAAGUUUGGCCCGAGAGUGUGGGACUACACCAUCGUCCUGUUCACCCACGGGGAUCGUUUGGAGGGAAAAACAAUAAACGACAUCGUCACUGUCAGUGACGACAACCUCCGCAACUUCAUCCGCAAGUGCAGCGGCGGGUUCCACGUCUUCAACAACAAGAACCCGGAGGACCAGGUCCAGGUGACCAGCUUCAUAGCAAAGAUCCAGACCCUGGUGGCCCUGAAUGGAGGGGUCCAUUACCACACAGCUCUGUAUCCUGAAGAGGAGAAGAAGAUUAGGAAGAGACAGGAGAGCAUCCUGGCAGAGAGAGAUGAAGAGAUCAGCAAAAAGGAGAGAGCGCUGCAGGAGCGUCACCAGGGAGAAGAGCUGGAGGAGAAGAAGAUGGAGCUGUGGAGGAAAGAGGAGUUCAACUCAAGACUGGCUGCAGAGAAGGAGAUCAGGAGGUUCUCAAACAUGUGGUAUAUUUUGAGACUCAUCCUAAUCCUGGGACUCACGCAAUUGAUUUGUGUAUAUACACACACAAAUCAUCACUAACUUCCUGUAAAAUAACAGUAAAGAGCUGGCAGCAGAGACGCCAGCAGUAUACCGUUAUUUUUUCGGUAAUCAUACGUAAAAUGACUUUACGGUAGUAGUCUGUAAACCAGAAAAAAGUAUUUUUCUGUAUUUCUAUAAUUUACAGUAAAGAGCUGGCAGCAAAGACGCCAGCAAUAUAUCGUCAUUUUACAGUAGUAGUCUGUAAACUAGAAAUACAGUAUAUUUCUGUAGUCACACUGUAAAAUGAUUCCACAGUGUAAUACAGUAAAAAAAAAAAAAGUAGCAUAUUUCUGUGAUUAUUUGGAAAUUUGUCCUUUAGUGAGUCUUCUGAAAUAAAGAUUCCAAUCCAGACGUC